AUGGACGUCAAUGAGGACACCUCAUUCUCCGCUGAAUCAUACUUCGAAACACAACCACCUCCAGCGGGUAUAGAGGAGGCUAUUCAGUCGAGCGGAGGGACAACCGUCCCUUUGGAGCUUCAUGUCGUCAGAUUUCUGGACAACUUUAGUGCUGGAACUCGUGGGGCGACAUCUGCAGAAUACUUUCUGAAAGCUGGAUAUGCAGUUAUAUUCAUGCAUCGGCAGUUCAGUCUCCAGCCGUUCAGUCGGCAUUACUCUCACACCACAAACCCCUUCCUCGACUUCCUCGAACUACAUCCUCCAGCCGAAGGAAGCAACGGUGACCAACCAGUCAUCACUGUCUCGCCUUCAAAACGCACGCAACUCGCAGAAGUACUGGCCACUUAUCAAGAGGUCCACCGAGCGAGAACCCUCCAUACUCUUACCUUUGUGACAAUCAAUGACUACCUUUACCUCCUACGAGGAAUAAGUAGUAUAUUAAAGUCGGCAGGACGCAAAGGGAUGUAUUAUCUGGCAGCGGCCGUCAGUGACUUUUUUGUACCAAGAAAACGCUUGUCGGAGCACAAAAUCCAGUCGAGAAAGGGGAGCCUCAUUAUUGAAAUGGAUCAGGUUCCAAAAAUCCUAAAGCCACUUGUGGAGGAAUGGACAUUUGGAGGGUUUGUAGUAUCAUUCAAGCUCGAGACAGACAAGGAUCUUCUUAUACCCAAAGCUCGUGCAGCCUUGGAAAGAUACGGUCAUCAGGUGGUGAUCGCGAAUAGGCUUGACAACAGGAAAUAUGAAGUUAUUUUUGUUACACGGGCGGACGAUGGACCUGGGAGCAAAAUCCCUAAGUUCAAAGAAGAAGUAGUUAGACUGAAGGACAACGACUCGGAAAUCGAGGAGGACAUUGUUGCGAAACUCGCAUCAUCCCAUGAUCAAUGGAUUGAGGGAGGUUGUGCGGGGUUGACUGGUGACCACAAACUGCUGCUAUAUGGUGCUGUUUCGACGACUCUGGCAUCAUUGGCUGUGUACACCACUUUCAGCACACACAGCAACUUCUACUCGGCCGUAGUCCAUUUGUCCAAGAGCAAUGGGAGCAUACUUACACUUGCCAAUUUCAUGGUGUUUGUAACACUAAUGGUGGCUAAAGUAAUGCAACUCAUAUUCUUUGGACCAUUGCGAACCAAUGAAGUCGAGCGUCUCUAUGAUCGAACUUGGUACUUCCUUACCGAAUCCCUGCUCGCAUUCACAAUAUUCCGUGAGGACUUUGAUGCAGCCUUUGUGUGUUUAUUUGGGGGACUUCUCUUUGUCAAGUCGUUCCAUUGGAUACUUGCAGAUCGAGUCGAGGCGAUGGACCAACAACCUUAUCCGGGCCCUCCAAAAUCAUUUCAUAUACGUACAUUGGCUUUAUUCAAUCUCCUUGCUCUAGUCGAUGUGGUGGUGAUAGGUUCUCUUGCCGAGGUGAUACUCCAUGAGGGGGUCGAUGGUCUGGUAUUGUUUGUGAGCGAGUAUGCCAUUCUGUUGGCAUCCUUAUUCAACUCGUGGCUCAAAUACCUUAUUUCAGUGUAUGAUAUCUAUCGAGCAUCACGACGAGGUGGCGAUGAUGCACCACCCUGGGAGCACAAGUCCAUGUACAUCUUCUACGUCGAGCUUCUCACGGAUUUCCUCAAACUCAGCACUUACCUGGCAUUCUUCCUUACCGUACUCACUUACUAUGGUCUUCCUCUCAACAUUAUCCGCGACGUGUUCCUCACGGCCCGCUCCUUUAUUGGUCGUGUGCGUGACUUGCUCCGUUACCGGGCCGCAACGAGGGAUAUGGAUCAUAGAUACCCUGAUGCUCUUCCCACCGAAAUGGAGGCUCUGGGAGACCGCACCUGCAUUAUCUGUCGUGAAGAGAUGGUUUCGAGAGGUACUGCUGGUGCAGGUGCCGUUACGGGAGGUCCAAAUACAACACCGAAGAAACUUCCGUGUGGUCAUAUUUUCCACUUUCACUGUCUACGUUCUUGGCUUGAAAGACAGCAAAGCUGCCCCACAUGCCGGCGAACUGUGUUGGAAUCUGGACGACCUGGAAACGCAGCUAAUGGGAAUGCAGCAAACGCCAAUCCUGCCGCGCCCAACCCACAAGCUGGUGCUGUACCCAACCCUCCUCAAGGUGCUGUUGAACUUUUCAAUCGUGUGUGGAAUGCACCUGGGCAAGGUCCUCAACCACCCGCUGCACCCGCUGUCGCAAACGGACAAGCACCAGUCGCACCCCCUCCGCCUUUUGGACAACUCCCGCCCUUCCCCUGGCACGCUGGUCAAAUCAAUCAACCUCAGUGGCCCCCUCAGGUACCACGACAGUUCCAGGGCUUCAAUGCUGGUGGGCAGUGGUAUCCUUGGGGUGCCCCUCCUGCGGAGAACGAACGUGGACAGCGACCGCAAAAUGACUCGACCCCUGCCCGAACUGUACCAUCAACAUCUGGUCUAGGUCUUCCUUCCUCUCCACCACCUCUCGAUCGUGACGUUACGUCUAUGCAGCCCAAUUCUUCUGGACCACCACCCCCAGCGCCAACACCCGUGAGGCAGGUUAUAACAGUUCCUAACAAAACUCCGCCAGAAGCCAAAGAGGGCGCGAAGUCUACCGAUUCGAAUGAGAUAGUGAACAAUGGUGGACCUGGAACAAGCGCGAGAGAGGCGGCUGCAUUGGCAGCUCUACGGAGAUUCCAAGCUGGGCGCAGCACUGAAUCAUUAAAGUCUCCUGGUCUGUCUGGCUCCAAACCUGGCAGUUUAUCCGCCACAAAUUCAAUGGAGCCCAAAUCUACUCCUCGAGCAUUGUCAUCCUCUCCAUCUGGGUCUAUCGACCUCUCGAGCCGAGCUCAGAACACGGUCCAGGAAGCCGCGGAGGGGGCUGAUCGAUUAGAAAGAUCUCCUACGUCUUUGGAGCAAGGUGUCCGGACCCAAUCCCUCCCCGGCGCCACAUCAGCCACCACAUCCUCUCGAACACAUGCACCUAAUUUAAUUCCGUUGUACAACCCCGGCUCCAACACCCCAGGCCACGGUUCCAAUAUUCCAUCGCCAUAUUUCUUGCCUUCUGGCUCUUCAACCGCGCCCUUGAUAGACGUUCGCCAGCCCUCAGCACCCCGUUCGUCACCGUACUUAUUCGGGCCUCCUUCCAGCGGUCCUCGUCCACCAUCCCUACCCAGGCAUGGUCAACUCCCAUCAGACGUCUCCGACUCUCAGCUGCGCCAACUCGAUCGAGUGACCCGCGAGGCCAUUGACGAACGACUUCGGGUCUUGGAAAGUGUACAGACUACAGUGUGGCAAUGCGUAGAAGAACUGACAAGGCUCCGAAGCUCACUUCCGGACCCUGGACUAGAGGAACGGCGGGGGUCUACCUCAGGCUUGGGUGGCGGAGGACCUAUCGGUAGCACGAAUGGAAGCACGUCCAGUUUCGAGGCCGAGGCGUUUGCACCUAAUAUUCAGGUGGAUUCUACAGAGUCAUCAGAUAUAGAUGUGAAAGGGAAGGGAAAGGGAAAGGCACUGGCAGACGUAGGGGAUGAGACCGAAGAUACCGACGUAGUAGACACCCGAUGA